AUGGCAAGACCUAGGAAAAAGAAGAGAACACACACUCAAAUCGACGAUGGCGCUACGAAGCCAGGUCGGGGCAACCGACGACCACGAAGUAUGGUUAUCCGUAUGGGCGCAGGCGACAUUGGACCAAGUGUCACCCAGCUGGCGAAGGAUUUCCGUGCCGUAAUGGAACCUGAUACAGCAAGCAGGCUGAAGGAACGUAAAGCAAAUAAAUUGAAGGACUACACCGCUAUGGCCGGCCCCUUGGGUGUCACACACCUCUUUCUCUUCUCGCGGUCAAAUAAUGGCAAUGUCCAUUUGCGGGUGGCACUGACCCCACGCGGACCGACGGUCACUUUUCGAGUCGAUCGAUAUGCACUAGCCAAGGACAUUGCAAAGUCACAAAAGCACCCUCGUGGGGGAGGGAAAGAGUACCAGACGGCACCUUUGUUAGUCAUGAACAACUUCGUGUCACAAAAUUCUACAGACAGUGGCGCAGACCCGAUCAAGAAGCAACUGGAAUCCUUGACCACAACGAUAUUCCAAUCAAUGUUUCCACCCAUCAAUCCACAGAGUACCCCACUAAAUUCAAUACGGAGGAUUCUACUCCUCAAUCGUGAGACACAGGCAGACGGAACAUAUGUCAUUAGUUUACGGCAUUAUGCGAUCACUACCAGAAAGACGGGUGUGUCAAAGCGUGUUAGGAGAUUCGACCAAACCGAACAACGCCUAAGGGAGAAAAAGAGUGGCGCAUUGCCCAACCUUGGUAAGCUGAACGACGUGGCAGAUUAUAUCCUCGAUCCUGCGGCUGGAGGCUACACUUCUGCCAGCGAGACCGAACUAGACACAGAUAAUGAAAUAGAGGUCAUGGAGACAACAACCCAACGUGUGCUUAGCAAACGCGAGCAACAGAAGCUCGCGAAUAAUGGAGACAAGAAGGCGAGCAAAACAGAACAGAGCUCGAAUGUGGAAAAGAGGGCAGUCAAGUUGGUCGAGCUAGGCCCCCGCAUGCGCCUGAGGAUGGUCAAGGUCGAAGAGGGAAUAUGUGAUGGCAAGGUCAUGUGGAACGAGUACGUCACCAAGACCAAAGAAGAAGAGAAAGCACUCGAGGAGAAAUGGGAUCUUCGAAGAAAAGAAAAAGAGGAAAGAAGGAAGAUACAACGGGAGAAUGUAGAAAGGAAAAAGGAGCUGAAGAAGAAUACUAAGAAGAAUGCGGGCAAGACUGGCGACGGCGAAGAAGGCGCUAAUGAAGGGGACAGCGAGGAGGAAUGGGAUAGCGAAGAUCUGGAAAAUUGGGACGUCGAUGAUGAAGAUGAUGACGACAACGAGGAUGCUGAGGAGGCUGAGGCCGGUGCCAUUGAUGAAGACGACGAGAUGGAAGGCUGA